AUGGGCUCUACUGCCGCUCACCAGCCGGGGGAAUUUGGAGCUCAUCCUAUUGCCAUCGUCGGCAUGUCGAUGAGGUUGCCAGGAGGUGUUCGCUCUGCUGCGGAUUUCUGGCAACUACUGAGUGAAGGACGUGAUGGAAAUUGCGUUACCCCGGAUUCGCGGUAUAACGAGGAGGGAUUCUAUUCAGAUUCCGGAGCGCAUUCCGUAAGAAUGCGACGCGGCUACUACCUUGAAGAAGACUUGGAGACUUUAGACACCUCUUUCUUUGACAUGGACGGGCUACAGCCUUCUCGGAUGGAUCCGCAGCAAAAAAUGCUCCUCCAGGUGGUAUGGGACUGUCUCGAAAAUGCUGGACAGGUCGACUGGCGCGGAAAACCCAUCGGUUGCUUUGUCGGCACGUACGGAGGAGAUUGGGAAGAAAUAGAAGUUAGAGAUGCUCAAAAUGCACAUAACUUUCAUAUGAUUGGACACGGAAAAUUUUCACUCGCCAAUGUGGUUUCUUAUGAGCUUCAUUUCAAUGGCCCUAGCAUGACAAUUGAGACUGGCUGUUCUUCUUCUAUGGUUGCUCUGCAUCAAGCAUGCCAGGCUGUUCUGCUAGGAGACUGCUCUGCGGCCAUUGUGGCUGGAUCCAAUCUGAUCUUGACACCUUCUGUCGGAAUACAUGGCUCGGGCCUUGGCGUUUUCUCCCCCUCUGGCAUAUCCAAAUGUUUUGAUGCUUCUGCAGAUGGUUACGGAAGAGGCGAAGCUGUCAAUGCAGUUUUCAUCAAGCGGCUAGAUGAUGCAUUGAGGGAUAGAGACCAGAUUCGAGCUGUCAUUCGAUCAUCUAUGGUCAAUUGCAAUGGUAGAAGCCCUGGAAUCACCACGCCCUCUGCCGAAGCACAGGAGAAGCUAAUAAGAGAAACCUACGAGCGAGCUUCGAUCAGUGAUCUCUCGCAGACUGCCUUCAUUGAGUGUCAUGGCACUGGCACUUUGGCAGGGGACCCAAUUGAAUGUUCCGCGAUAGCCAAGACCUUUUCCAAAGAAAUAUAUAUUGGCUCAGUCAAAGCCAAUGUUGGUCAUUCUGAAGGAGCAUCAGGACUUACAAGCCUCAUAAAAGCAGUUCUUUCUUUGGAGAAUAGAUUGAUACCGCCGAAUAUCCACUUCCAUCAACCGAAUCCACGAAUUCCUUGGGACAAUGGACGUCUUCGUGUCCCUAAAAGUCUUACUGCGUGGCCAAAGAAUCGAAAGGAGAGAAUUAGCGUCAGCAAUUUUGGUAUUGGGGGCUCAAACGCACAUGUAAUUCUUGAUUCGUUCUCAUCUUUCAUGCCGACCUCUUUUCUUGAAGACGGAGUGAAAAAAUCAAAGCCCCAACUGCUGGUUAUUUCUGCAAAAAGCCAAGAAGCCCUGUUAAGUCGAGAGCAGAGUCUUCUGGAGUACAUGAGCCUGUAUCCAGAUCGUCUGAGCGAUCUUACAUAUACCCUUGGUGUUCGUCGUGAGCAUCUUUCGCAUAGGGGCUUUUUAAUCAAUACGAAUGGUAUAACUCCAGAGAUAGCAGCCAUUAAGUAUUCUGUUGCCGGUCGGGCUCCUAACCUGACUUACAUUUUCACGGGCCAAGGAGCCCAAUGGGCUGGAAUGGGCAGAGGACUAAUGAAAUCCUUCAAAAGCUUCCGGGAUAUGAUCCAGUCCCUGAAUACUGUUUUGCAAAACUUGAAAAGACCUCCCUCAUGGAAUUUAGAAGUCGCACUUGCGGAGUUUGAUGGUGAUCAAAUAAACGAGCCUCAGCUUUCCCAAACUCUAUGUUGUGCAUUGCAGAUCGCAUUGGUGAGUCUCCUGGGUGAAUGGGGAAUCAAGCCCGCCGCAGUUAUCGGCCAUUCGAGUGGUGAGAUCGCAGCGUCAUAUGCUGCGGGAGCAAUCACAGCAGAGUCUGCAAUUGUUUUGAGUUACUACCGUGGUCUGCUGGUAGACGAAGAGGGCAGUAAGGGAGCAAUGGCGGCCGUUAGCCUCGGUCGAGUGCAAGUGGCAUCGUAUCUACAGGACAGUGUUGUCAUCGCGUGCGAAAAUAGCCCCAACAGCGUCACUCUAUCUGGAGAGCCCUAUCGAGUAGAGGAGGUGAUCAAGAAGAUCAAAUCAGAUUUCCCAGAUGCGCUCUGCAGAACGCUUCGUGUCAAUAGAUCAUAUCAUUCAGGUAUUGAUUCCCUUUUCAUGCCGGAAGGCGACGAGACAAAAAUCCUGCAAGCUAAACGGAAAAACUUAGGUUCUAUGACCGCCGUCGGCAAGGUAUAUGAGACCAGCAUUCGACCCUACAUCAAGACACAGAAUACAAUGAUCCCGAUGUAUUCCAGUGUGACUGGAGAAAUCAUUAUGGACCCGAAAGAGCUCAAUUCCAACUAUUGGGUUCAGAAUCUUGUGUCUCCUGUCUUGUUCUGGGGCGCCGCUGAGUCCGUCAUGCAAGAUCAUGCUAAGUUAUUUUUCUUGGAAAUUGGACCUCAUUCUGCUCUUUCAGGUCCUCUUCGCGACAUUCACAAAUCUUUGGGCGAUGUGAAGCAGGAGAUGUCAUAUGCCUCCUGCCUCAUUCGCGGCCAAUGCCAGGAGACGGCUCUCUUGACGGCAGCAGGAGAGUUAUUUCUGAGUGGCAUUCAGCUGAAAUUUGAGGCAAUUAAUGGAAGCGGGAAGCUUCUCACUGAUUUUGAUCCUUACCCUUGGAAAAGUGGAAAGGUAGAGUGGUCUGAAGGCCGAAUAACUCGAGAGUGGAGGCGCCGCAAGCACGCCCACCAUCAGCUUUUAGGUUCUCGGGCUGUAGAAUCGACACAACUUGAGCCCUCUUGGAGAAACAUGCUCAGCGUCGAUGACGUUCCCUGCCUUUGGGAUCAUCGUAUUGGAGGAUCAACGGUGUUCCCUUGCGCAGGGUAUAUCGUUAUGGCCGGUGAAGCCAUGCGCCAGGUCACUGGGUGUCACAAGUACCGCCUAAGAAACCUUCGCAUGUCUAAGGCAUUGACGCUCGACGAUCGUGGCCGAGUAGAAGUUGUGUCAAACUUCCGACCAGCGAGACCCACAGACGAGCCUGGCUCAGGUUGGUAUGAGUUCUCCAUAUCAAGUUUUCGGAUGGGUUCAUGGGUCAAGCAUUGCACAGGACAAGUGCGAAGCGAAGCGUCCUCGCCUACUCCACGAGAUAUCAGAGGACUACCAAGAUCUGUAACUUCUCAUUCUUGGUACGAAAACCUGAAGGAGCGUGGACUCGAAUAUGGGCCCAAAUUCAGACUGCUCCAGCAUAUAUCCGCUCACCCGACACAACUUUCAGCGACUGCCAGCUUGGAGAGAGAUAGGUCUUCUGAUAUCGUUAAUGCUCCUGACAUCGACCAAUGCCUGCAGCUUGUAGCAGUUGCCAUGUCCAAUGGUCUGUCUCGAAGGUGCAACACUGUAGGAAUGCCUGUGUAUAUCCAGGAAGUCUUCGUUGGUAAGGCGGGGCCUGACAUGUUUCUUGAAGCUACCGCAGCGGGAACAACACUGGGAAUGACUUCUGGUUCCGCAUGGGGCCAGUCGGGAGCUGAAGUUGGAAUCAAAAUUGAUGGUGUUGAGUUUAUGGGCUUUGAUGAAGGCUCACGGGGAGACGGUGAUCAAAAACUGUGCUCCAAUCUGGUGUGGGCUCCAGACGUAGAUCUAGUACCAGAGGGUCGUCUUCUCAUGCCUUCCAACCAAUCAAUGUCUACCAUUGAUGAUGCUUACGCCCCAAAGCAACAGUUCUUUGACAUGUGCAUCAUUGAAACUGCACGGCUAAUCACCGAUUUAGAACCAGCCUCAGAGCACCUGCGCAAGUAUCAGCAUUGGAUGACCAUGACUUCAGCUCAGGUCCUCAAAAAUAUCCAUUCAAAGGUACUAGCUACAGACAGAGAAUUCUUGCAAGUGCCUCGAGGUGACUGGACCAAGAUACUGGCCGGCCUAAAGUGGCAGAUCGAUGAAACAAUGCCACUCAGCAAACAUUUCGCUGAGCUUUCGCUUGUUGUCUUGGAAAAUUGCACUGAUAUCGUGCAGGGUAGAUGCCAACCUUUGGGUCUGCUGAUGGAAAAUGAUGGACUAUCGCGGCUCUACAACACUGGAACAAGCAGAAAUUACGAAGAGUUCUUGAGGCUCCUAGGGCACUCUCAGCCCGACCUUCAGAUUAUCGAGAUUGGAGCGGGCACGGGAGCAACAACAGCAAGAGCACUACAAUGCCUCCAUCGUGAAGGAAAGAUCCGCCAGUAUUCACGAUACGUGUUUACUGAUAUUUCUUCGGCUUUUUUCCGGCCAGCCAUGGAGCGAUUCAAAAAAUAUGAGGCUGUUGAAUACGCGGUGUUAGAUAUCAGUCAGCCUCCGGUGGACCAGGGAAUCGAAUUCGCAAGCUUUGAUCUAGUCAUUGCGUCGAAUGUACUUCAUGCUACAUGCAGUAUACAAGAGACCCUGAAAAAUGUCAAAUCCCUACUCAAGCCCGGUGGGCGAGUCUUGAUCGAAGAAAUAUGUUCUGGUGAGUUGAAGAAAUCGGGAUACAAUUUCGCAAACGAGGACUGGGCUGACACAAUUGAAGAGGCCCAACCAAUUGACUUCAUCAUGGGUGUGCUCCCUGGCUGGUGGAUAGGCGAACACGACAAGCGUGUAAACGCCCCGUAUAUUUCGGUAGACCGCUGGCGCAGCGAGCUACAAGAAGCCGGAUUUGAAAAUUUUCACUCGGCACCAGGUGAAGCAGAGAUCUACAUGACCUCAAUAUUAGCGUCUAUUCCCCCGCUAUCUCGUAGCGAAGGGAGUUCAGUGAGCAUACUGUGCAAUUCGCAGAGACCUCAAUGGGCAGUUCAAGUUGCUGAAAGGAUAGAGGCUCUGGGUUUCCCAGUCCGUUGGUGUACACUCUCAGAGCCGCCUCCUGCCAACGAAGACGUUAUCUCCUUCCUGGAUAAUGAAGAACCGUUUUUGUAUUCCUUGACGAACACUCAACUGGCCCAGUUUCAAGAGUAUCUCUCUUCAUGCACAUCUACCCGUGUUCUGUGGGUGACUCGCAGCUCCCAGAUGCGUUGUCCAGAUCCUCGUUAUGGGUUAACUCUAGGUUUUGCGCGGACAAUGCGUACGGAAUACGAAAUGGACUUUGAUACUAUCGAGCUGGAAGAGUUUGAUCACAUCUCGGGGAUCGCUGUCGUUGAGAUGUACAGGAAGUUUCAACAGCAGCGAUUCCGAGAGAAUGAAACAGUUGAUCAUGAGUUCGCUAUCCAGGACGGAGUGAUUCAUAUUCCCAGAUACCACUCGAAAAAGGACGAUGUGGAGAUCGAUGUCAAAUUCGUGGGCCUCAACUUCCGCGACCUGAUGGUGAGCCUGGGUAUGUUGCAAGGCAAGAGCGAUAUUGGAUUAGAGGGAAGCGGCGUGGUUCGACGAGUUGGGAGUGAUGUUGCACAUGUCCAUGAAGGUGAUCGAGUGUUAUUUCUGGCUUCGCCGGCUUUUAGUACCCGUGUCGUUGUUUCGGGAGCUUUAGUGGUCGCGUUGCCGGCUGAGCUUCCCUUAGAUCAAGCGGCCACAAUCGGAUGUGCAUACACUACUGCGGUAUACUGUCUGCUGAAUUUGGGACGACUACAGAAAAACAUGUCAGUGUUAAUUCACUCUGCUGCUGGUGGAGUAGGCAUCGCAUCCAUCAUGCUCUGUCAGAUGCUCGGUGUACAGAUCUUUGCUACGGUUGGCAAUCAAGAGAAAGCACAAUAUCUCAUUGAAACCUUUGGAAUCCGGAAAGAGCAUAUCUUCGACUCUCGGAGUACUUCCUUCGCGCCGAACCUGUUGAAGAGAACACGAGGCCAAGGCGUGGAUCUAGUCCUCAAUUCUCUGGCGGGAGAUCUCUUGCUAGCAUCAUGGGAGUGUGUAGCUGAAGGAGGCAUGAUGGUGGAAAUUGGUAAACGCGACUUGAUGGGUCAUUCUAUGCUGCCCAUGGAUCGGUUCCUUGCAAAUCGAUCUUUUAUGGGUGUUGACAUUCUUUCCCUCGCCAAAUCACGACCUCAGGUCGUAUUAGAAUGUUUGAAAACAAUUUCGACUCUUUUGGCCAAGAAAUCCAUUGCGCCUAUUCAGCCGAUACGUAGAUUUGCAGCCGAUCAAAUAACCGACGCAUUCAAGCAUAUGCAAGAGGGGAAACACAUGGGUAAAAUCGUCGUUGAAAUGCCGAAUGAUACCAGCUCACUUCCCAUGACCAAGACACCGGCACAAAUCUCUUUCUGCGAGGACGUCGCCUACCUUCUGGUCGGUGGUCUUGGUGGCUUAGGCCGUGCAGUAGCGCAAUGGAUGGUUGAGAAUGGUGCCAGAAACCUGGUCUUCCUUUCCCGCACUGCAGGAACUCGCGAUAAAGAUGUCAAGUUUAUCUACGAGCUAGAGCUCCAAGGGUGCCAUCCCCUCUUGAUUCAGGGUGAUGUUGCCAACCUGGAGGAUGUCAAAAGGGCCGUUGCUGCCAGCGGCAAGCCGAUGAAGGGUGUCAUCCAUAUGGCAAUGCUCAUGAAGGACUCUCCUUUCUUUAGCAUGACUCACGACCAGUGGACGGAAGCAUUGCGCCCCAAGGUUGAAGGAGUCUGGAACCUGCACAAAGCCUUGCAAUCUGACAAGCUCGACUUCUUCCUCAUGUUCAGCUCUGUCGCAGCAGCAGCUGGCUCUGCUGGGCAGGCAAAUUAUACCGCGGCCAAUACCUUCCUUAAUGCCUUCGCACGUUACCGGCAGUCUUUGGGUCUGACAGCAUCUGUUCUCGAUGUUGGUUGGAUUACUGAUGUCGGCUAUGUCAGCCAGCGUCCCGAGCUCUUGGAUAUGAUGCGGUCCAAAGGCUUCAUUCCACUGCGCGAGAUCCAUCUCCUUGCUGCCAUGCAAUUACUCUUGGCCCCGCCCAAACUGGUCGAUGGAGCGCCAUCCAAAUUUAGUGAAGAAUACCACCUCUCGAUCGGGUUAGGCCUCCUAUGGAACCAGGCUUCCGGUGAUGUACGAUGCAAAGAUGCCCGGUACCGUCACGACCCAGCGGUAGAAGUCGCCCGCCUCCGGCCGCGCUCUUCAGAGACAAGUAAUAUCAAAACUUUUCUUCACUCUGUGGAAAAAAAUCCCGAAAUCUUGAAGCUUGCCCCUACGGUUGAUUUUCUCAAUAAGGAAAUGGCACUUUUGAUGGGGCCAUAUUCGGCCGCUGUCAAGAACGAAGAUUGGGCGGCUAUGGCUGAAAUCUCGGUGGACUCGCUGGUUGCCGUGGAAGCUCGAGCAUGGUUGAAGCGCAACCUUGAGGUGGAGCUUGGCCUAGUCGACAUCGCGACAGCAGGCACUGUUGGCGGUGUUGUUACUCUCACCAUAGCUGCGCUAAGCCUGAAACACGCCGCUAAACGGUGA